CCCCGAGAUUGAGACCUCGGAUAAUGAGCAUCGUAGUUAUGACAGCGAAGAGGACCAAAUUGUGAGAUACGAGUGUAUGGCUGAAGACGCUCCACCGAUUGACAAUGAUUUUAAAACUGAAGACGCCCCACCAAUGGAUGCUCCCACUACCAGUAAGAAAAGAAAAGGGCGAGGUCCUACAAAAAACCUCAAAGUCACAGAAACCAUGCAUUUGGAAUACAAUGCAUUGGGUCAACCCUGCGGAAAAUGGCGUAGGCAAUAUGGAAAACAAGUGGGUCUAUGUAUCCGCAAGCUUUCCAUAUUGCACGCAUGGAACGAGGUUCCAGGGGGUUUGAAGAACUCUCUAUGGCAUGAUAUUGUGAAUCUUUUCCACAUCGAGAGCGAUGAGGACAAGAAGAAUGUGUUUCUUUCAGCUGUUGCUGAAAGAUUCAGAGAUUUCAAAUCCAAGCUAGUAACUGGCUGGAUUACGAAGACCCGUCCCUGUACGACCAAAAAGGUCAAAACGGGAAACGAAGGUGGAAAGCAAGAACCUUCGAAGAUGCCCUACGAAAUAUGGGGUCACAUAUCGAAGAGGGAUUGGGAGGCCUUUGUUACCAAAAGAACAACUCCCAUAGAAGUUAAAAAGUGUGGUAAAGCUUCUGAUUCUGCAAGCAAAAGGAAGUUUUAUCAUCGCUUAGGCCAGAAAAAGUACGAUGAGGUCCGAAAAGAGUGGGUGGAAGCGGGUUUAUACCCCAAUCAAAGUUCAUCCACGCCCUCAUCUACGACUAACUCCGCAUAUGUGAAUACUCUUGCUGGAGAUCGGGUGCGUGAUUGGUAUUGCGGGCUUCAUUCCCGAGAUGCAAGUGGUAAAUUUACCAUUAAUGAUCCAGGAACGAAGAAGAUUGCUGAUGCUGUGGAUCUUACGAUCUUACGAUCCGAUUCUAUCGAUUUUGACCCCACCUCCUUUUUUAUUAUAUUUAGGAUCCCGAUUCUAACAAGCUUGGUGGCAAGACGUUCUGUUCAGAGUUAG